UAAAGCACCAUCUUGAUGAUCAAUCUCAACUCUCAAAAGCUAAAGAUAAAGAAACAACAAGUGAACAAUAAUAAGAAGAGGAAAUCCAAGAUUGUAAAAAAGGGAUUGCUUUCGAUCCCUAUCCCCCAUAAAGAGAAAACUCCACCUUAGCCCCCACACAUCAUUUGUAUCUCUUUCUCUCCAAGUUUAGAAUCCUCUGCUCCUUCUCUGUUAAGGAAAUUAAUCUCACUUUCAUCUCUACAAAACCUUGCACAGAUCUUGUUAUUGUUUCUCUGUGUCUUCCAUUGAAAUUGAGAGAGUGAGAGAGAGAGAGAGAGAGAGAGAUGUCUACAGAUUGGGGACCGGUGGUUGUGGCGGUGGUGUUGUUCAUACUACUUUCACCUGGGCUACUAUGUCAGUUACCAGCAAGGACAAGGGUGAUGGAGUUUGGGAACUUGUACACCAGUGGGAUUUCAAUUCUAGUUCAUGCCGUCAUAUACUUUUGUAUAUAUACUAUCUUGAUCAUUGCGAUUGGUGUUCACAUAAUUGCCCAUUAAUCCAUUUUCAUUGCUUCUGCCUCUCAAGAUCUGUCUUUUUUUAAUCUUUUUUUUUGGGGUUUCUUUUCUUUUCUG